AACCUGAUGUUUAUCGAAUGGCCAUCAACAAAAACUGGACACAACGGAACCGUAGCUAAGGCUAUUAAAAAAGAACACGUUGCGCGCUGCGUUUAUGAAUUACGCCUAUGAUGUGUAAAGCAGAAAUGCAAGCGUGAACGUUUAAUAAUGUGGCGUGGCAAUAGUUAAGAAAGAAUACAAAACCGAAACUGUGAUAAAAACAUAUAAGCACACUCACUUACACAGACACAUACACAUACACACACACAAUGUUGGGUGGCAGUCGACCAGUUGACAACGACGGACACAACGUUAUCAGUAUCAACAAUAGUAACAACAUCAGUAAUGGGAUAACAAUUAAUGAUGCCCCACCUCUGCCCCCUGUGGCUACACAGCGCAAAGCGUCAUCAACAUCAAAAUCGCCUCCCCCGCCGCCAGGGGAAAUGCGAAUCCUCUGCUUUGACCUGACCCGCUACAAUCGGACGACGCAAUUUCUGCUGAGCUGUUCGGGCGUAUUUAUACUCUACAUAAUCUACGGGUAUCUCCAAGAGCUCAUCUUCACCGUGGAGGGCUUUAAGCCCUAUGGCUGGUUUCUCACUCUUGUCCAGUUUGGCUACUACAUUGGCUUUGGAUUGGUGGAGCGUCGCCUGGAGGCCUACAGGACGAUGGAUGCCACUCUGUGGAAUGUUGAGCCAGCCCCACGUUGCAUACCCCUGCGCACGUACUUUGUCCUUGCCGGCUUAACACUCGGCACAAUGGGCCUGUCCAACUCGAGCCUUGGCUAUCUCAACUAUCCCACGCAAGUGAUCUUCAAGUGCUGCAAACUGAUCCCGGUGCUUGUCGGCAGCAUCAUUAUACAGGGCAAACGCUAUGGACCACUCGACUUUGCCGCUGCAACGGCCAUGUGCAUAGGUCUCGCCUGGUUUACCCUCGCCGAUUCACAGAUGUCGCCAAACUUUAAUCCGCUGGGCGUGGCCAUGAUAUCAGGAGCCCUGUUAUGCGAUGCCGUCAUUGGCAAUCUGCAGGAGAAGGCAAUGCGGGAGCACAAAGCACCCAGCAGUGAAGUGGUCUUCUAUUCCUAUGGACUGGGUUUUGUCUAUUUGUUUGUGGUCAUGUUGAUCACUGGAAACUUCUUCAGCGGAUUCGCUUUCUGCUUGGCCCAUCCAAUGGAGACUUUCGGCUACGGCUUCCUCUUUAGUCUCUCCGGCUACUUGGGCAUACAGUUUGUGCUGGCGCUGGUUCGGAGCAGUGGUGCUCCACUGGCUGCCACAGUGACGACCGCCCGCAAAGCGGUGACCAUUGCCUUCUCCUUCCUACUCUUUAGCAAACCAUUCACAGUGCAAUAUAUCUGGUCGGGAUUGAUCGUUGUGUUGGGUAUUUAUCUGAAUGUCUACAGCAAGAAGAACAAAUUGACCUUUACGGAUUUGCAGCACAGACUCAAGCAAUUCAGUGCGAGACUUUCACGCUCGCCAAGUCGCAAAUUCCUCAUCGAGGUUUAAGGAUCCUGCGUACCAAAAAAUAUUAUAAAUUUAACUUUUAGUCGAAUUGGAAACAAACAUUUAUUGUACAAAAAAACUAUAUACUACAUGCUUAAGUAUAAAAGUAAAUCCUUUUGCAAAAAU